UGAGAGAACAUCCACUUUUGACACUAGCUGACAGGUAUUGGUCGAUAAUUCCCGUAUAUUUGUUCGUAAAUCCUAAAUAACGAGCAAAAUGGGCUUCACAAUCUGCGGCCCUAAACUGUCCCUAUGUGGGCUUGUAUUGAGCGUGUGGGGGAUCAUCCAGUUGACUCUGAUGGGCGUUUUCUAUUAUAUCAGAGCAGUAGCCUUAUUGGAAGAUCUUCCCGUUGAAGAGGGAGCUCAUAGUAGCAUUGAGCAUUUCCUUGCAGAAGUGGAAACUGGAUAUGAUCAGAAUGCAUACAACUGCUGGAUUGCGGCUCUGCUCUAUGUAAUCACGCUGGUCAUCUCUGGACACCAAUUCUGGAUGAACAACCGUUCAUCAGUUAGCAUGUAAAUACAAUAUUGGUGUGAAAGUGUUAUCACUGAUGUUUCUAUGAAGGCUCGGAACCGGUUUUUUCUUCAUACUAUGGGCGCAUAUAAAUUCAUAGGCAGCGUACGCGCAUCGCUACAUGCAGUGCGCACCAACCUCAAGCAAACCAGUCUAGCUAGGCAGGACGAGCGCGGGCGCGGGGCGCGGAGCAGCGGACAGCGGUCACAGCGGUCGCCCGACAGCCCCAUAAUACAAAAAAUACCGGUAUUAUUACGUUCUUUCCAAUUAUUUCAGUUUUUAUGGGUCAAUCUAAUAAUACGAAGUCAUUGCCUGAAUACAUGAUUCAGUCCUACGGAAAGAGCUUAAAAUUAUUAAAAAUAUUGGGCUAUUUUGAGAUUUAAAAACCGGUUCCGAGCCCUGGUUUCUAUAGUUCACAUUGGUGACAGACAUUCAACUCCAAUAGUGAAUUCUAGAAACACAGACAUGUGUUGCAUAACUGCUCUUAGCAACUCCAUUCCAUUAAUAAUUUAUUGAAUGAGUAUUUGAAUCUUGUAAACAUAGUCAGAGGUGUAGAAAAAAACUCAUUUUGAAAUGUUUUACAAUUCAAAGACACCCGUGAUGUCAGAGCAUUAUACUUACACCAAAUUGUAAUAUCAUAAUUUCUAAUGAAUAUAAAUGAUAGGUACCCUUUAAGUGGAAAUGUUCUUUUGUUUCUUGGAAAUGUUCUAUUGUAUAGUCUCAAACGUUUAACAAUUUAUAAUUCAUCAAAUAAUUUAUUUAAAAAGAAAAUCCAUUCUUCGAAAUCAUUUAAAUCAACAUGGCAAACUUGUGGAAGGAUAUUAUAAUAAGUAUUAUUACUCCUUAUUGCUGUUAAAUUGUACAUAACAAAUAUACAUUGUACAUUAUGAAAGGCUUAGUUUUUCUUGAAUAAAGAUAUUAAUGUUAGA